AUGUUGAGAGGAAAGUCGGCUAAGAAAGAUCAUGAUGAGGAGGACGGGAAACAAAGACGGCCAAAGUGUGCUCGCUGCAGAAAUCAUGGACUCAUCUCCUGGUUGCGGGGACACAAAAGAGAGUGUCGUUAUAAAGAAUGUCUUUGUGCGAAGUGUUCUCUCAUUGCUGAAAGACAACGUGUUAUGGCUGCCCAGGUUGCAUUGAAAAGACAGCAGGCCGCUGAAGAUGCGAUAGCUUUGAGUAUGGCCAAAGUUGCUACCGGGCAGAAACUGGAUCGUUUACCACCUGGAAAAAUUUUCGGUAUGGCUGUAACUGACCCUAAUCCUCAAAUAACAUCCCCAGUUAAAGCUGACAUGGAUACUGAUGCUGAUGUUGACGUUAAUCAACCGACAGAUAGCAAUAAAGAGUCGACCGAGUCAGAGGGUGGUAAUUCUGCCAAAGAAAAUGAGCUUAAUUUUAAACUCAACUCAUCACUCGACAAAAAGAAAAGCAAUAUCUUCAAUGCCGUUGAUCGAAGUGAUUCAGAAGACCAAAGUAGCAAAGAAACACCAGCUAUUUCUCAGACAUCAGUUGAAACUCUCGUUCGAUUAUUUCCCAGCACUAAAUUAUCAGUUUUACAACUGGUACUCCAGAGAUGCGGCCAGGAUUUACUUAAAGCCAUUGAGUACUUUGCCAAUGACAGCAACUCAUGCACCACAUCGGCGUUUCACCCGCUCCAGAGUUCAUCGUCAGAUGUACGAACCACCACCGAUUACCCCAGUGUCUUUACACUGCCUCCAGUUUACUCGAAUUUAUCCCGCAGUUUUUACAACGACGGCUACUGUCUUCUCAACAUCUUGCCCGACGCGGCAUUGUCACGCAGCGGUGAAUUAUCUCGGGUUAUCAGUCCGCUUGAACAAGACAGCAGCGUUGCUUUCAAUGUUCAGUAUAAUAAUUAUUUUAAUGCUGACAUACAGCAACAGUUGCGUGAACACACGUCAAGAUCUGCUGGAUUAUUUCAUUUACCUCCGAUAAUUCCUGGUGUUCCCUGUGUUACUCCUAAUUGCACUCAAUGUUACAAAUUUAUAUGA